GAAAGGUCCCGUACUAAGAAACGCGGAAGUAAGCAAUGGUGUAAAGUCCGAUACGUAUUUGUGUUCGUGCGGUCAGUUGGUCGAUAUUAUUCACCGUAACUCGUGUAGAAGCCGUAGUUACCAACAGGGGGAUAUCGUCUGGACGAUGGUGCCGUGGUAGAAAACGUGUUUCCUGCCAACACUUUGAUGGAACCGUAUCGUACUCUCCUGAACUGUUUUCCAGAUUUAAAUAAAAUUCAAGCAUUCGAUAGCUAUGCCUUAUACAGAUCGACAGAAUAGAGUUUGUGGCUACUUGGAUAUAGAAGAAAAUGAAAAUAGCGGGAAGUUUUUCCGACGUUACUUCAUGCUUGAACCAAGAACGUCACAGUUGUUCUACUACAUGGACAACCCGCUGAAUUUACCGAAAGGUUCAGCACCUGUUGGUGCUCUGAAUAUGACAUACGUCUCCAAGGUGAAUGAUGCCAGUAGAAUUAGGCCAAAGGCAGAGUAUUGCUUUGUGAUAAAUGGAUGUGAUAGAAGGUACUAUUUGCAAGCCAAUGAUGCACAAGACAUGAUGGAAUGGAUAGAUAAAUUAAAUGACUCCUGUAAAAUUAUUGUUCCCCCAGCAAGCACCAUGUCUCAAGAUGAUUCCACCUUCAGACCGGGUAGAUCUAAUAGUGAAAAGACAAUUAGCUAUAAAACCGAGGUGAUUGGCGGAGUAGUUGUUAGAACGCCGAUUCAUACUGGUGACAGUGAUAGUGAUAGUAGUGAUGGCACUGGUCACACCAACACACUGCCAGCUAGAUUGUCCUCUCCAUCAAAUCUACACAGGCGACGAUCUGGAUGUAUGCCUAUCAAGCAAGGAUUCUGUGUCAAACAAGGAGCUGUGAUGAAAAACUGGAAAAGAAGAUUUUUUAUUUUGGAUGAUCAUGGGUUCUCUUAUUAUAAAAAUGAAAAUGAUAAAGAUGCGAUAAGGACGAUAGCAAUCAGAGAUAUGUUAGAUUGUAAAGAGUCAACAUUAGGGGAUACCCUACUGAGAGAUAAUUUAUUUGAAGUGUCAACCAUCAGUCGUACAUUUUAUAUACAGGCCGACAGCCCAGAAGAGAUGCAGAGCUGGAUUUCAUCAGUUUGUGGAGCAAUAAUGGCAAAAAGAGCCAGCGUCGCUACAAACACUUGGACUUUAUAACCCUAGUAUAUCAUCACACCAUUAUAACCAACUACUUUACAACCAAUCAGUUUGCAGUUCAUGGUUAUCAUGUGACACUCUCCAACCAAUCAGUGUGCAGUUCAUGGUUAUCAUGUGACAC